AGUAUCUACUACUGAUGCUCGUUCCUUUAAAUAAUAUCUCACGUGAAACUUAUAACCAACACUUGACACAGACUAUUUAUGCCUUUAAUUAUCUUUGAACACAGAAUAUAACCUCAUAGUUAAUUUUAUGCCACUUCUUAGAAGUUGUCAUUUGUUCUUUUUUAGUCUACAUUCAUAAAACAUUUUAAAGAUUAUAUUGUAUAUUGUACAUACAUUGCUUAUAUAUGUUGACCGUUCAUUUAGAAAAAAGUUACUGAAUGGGUAAUCUCUCUAUGGUGCUGCUACUACAAGGUUUAUUUCUACUGUUCUAUAAGCCCCUUCUCAUCAUAGCAAAGGAAUGACAUCCUGCUCGUCUUGUAGAUGUAUUCCUGGCAUCUUCCACAUAUUCAGCACUGAAAAAUGAAGAGAGCAUUUUUGGAGCACUUGCAGUCAUUACUGGGGCCUGGUUUUAUGUGUCUCACACCCUAUGAGGCUUCCUUCACCAGGGUACCUACUCCUCAGGGUACUCACGGAAGAGGAGGAACUUCUCUCGCUCUCAUUCCGUCUCUCUGCUCUGCUUUCUCUGAAGCACACCUGGGUGCUGCCUGGAGCCCAGGUCUGGCUCCAAACCUAUGAAUAUUUGCCAAGUAUAAAAGCUUCUCAAGAAUGAGAUGGAUCCUGGGGCAUCCUCCCCAGAGAAACAGGAUAAAGAGAAUUUAGUGGGGGAUGUUUAUGUGCUGUUAGCAUGUGACCUAGUCACCUAGACCCAGAAGUGAGAUAGCACAGCACUGCCACUUGAAAAGCUCAACUACGGGUAAGCUAAGAACCCCUGUGUCAAGCCUGGUCUUUGAAUGGCAGGUUUGGGAGUUGCUGCUGCAUUUGACUGGUGGGGUGGAGCCCCACUGGAUUUACCAUGAGGAAGCUGCCGGGCAAGCUGCCUCUGGCGGAGGGGGAAGGUCACGAGCGGGGCACGCGAGGGGGCUUUAAUUGUGUUGGCAAUGCUUAAAUUCUUUAGCUGAAAGGGGGUAUAUAAGGUAUGAAAAACAUUAUUUUUACACCUUUUUGAACAUUCCAUUUCAAAAUAUAUUUUAACUCUUUCUUAAAAAGACCAAAUGGUAAAAAAGAAACUUAGUAUAACCGUGUCUGAAGUUCAUGGAACUACUAAGCUCAGAUCAUCCUUCUGUAGUUGAGAUGUAAAUCUGACAGUUUAGAAGACUCUUGGGAUUAUGGAAUUUUGUAGUCCUAGGAGUACAAGGAUGAUAAAAUCAUCAUCUAGCUCUGAUUUGGUAGUUUUGCACCAAAAAUCUUGUGUGUCUCUCUCUCCCUCUCUCCCUCAAUCUUGUUUAAGGUUCUAAAAGUUAUCUGAAAGAACUUAUACAGUCAGUGACCAGAUCGCUUUAGGAGGUAGAAACCUGCAGGGGUUAGGGUUUUAUUGUAUGUUCUCCUUGAAAAUGCAGUUCGUGCGCAUAGAGAGGAGUCAUCAUCUGGAUGGAACAGAACAUCCACAAGUGAUAUUUAGAAUUCCAUCUGGAAAAAUAAAUCAAUAAAGGAAAAUUUAAAAAAUAUUCAGUUGUCAAAGCAAAAUUGAACCAGACAAAAUUAAACAGGCAAGAAAGCAAAACCUUAGACAAGCUUACUGCCAUAGGAGAGAAGCCAAACCUCAAUCUGAACCAACACCACUGAAACAAAGGGGUGUGGAGUUUUGGGGGUUUUUGUUAUUGUUGUUGUUGUUUCUGGCCACGUCACAAAGCUUUCGGGAUCUUAGUUCCUCGACCAGGGAUUGAACCCGGGCCCCAGCGGAGAAAUCGCUGAGUCCUAACCACUGGACCGCCAGGGAAUUCCCCAGGGUGUGGGGUUUUUAAAGACUGGAGUGCGCUAGUGAGAAAGCAUGAAGUGCUUUGUGCGGUGCUUAUAGGCUGUCUGGGUUUGGUUUGCUAAUAAAAUUCUCACAUCUUUAUGACAGGGUGUGUUUUUACAACUGGGAGCAUGGUACCUACUGAAGUUAGGCUCCUACUGGCCCACAGAGACUGAGAGCUAGGGAUGCUAUCUACCUGAUGAUUACAUUUCAAGAGAAUGGCUCCCAGGUCCUUGAGAAAGAUAGUCCCAGAUUGUAAAACUGGCAAGAGGCUUUUAAAAAGACUUACACCUCAAAGGGGCAGAGAAAGGAUUUACAAAGUUAAGCGUUCUAAAGGAAAUGCUCAAGGGAAAGGGAAAUCUCUUUAAUGGCGAGGCAAGCCCAAGGAAAUGUUAAGACCUCUAGGAAAAUCCUAGUCAGUGGCCUGGCCGACUAGAAGGCCUCCUGAUAUGGCUAAUAAUUCCUUUACAUGUAAUUUAUUUAACUCUCACAACUAGUUAUUGUUGGGUUAACAGAAGGAAAGUAAGACCUCAGCAGGUUGAGUGACUCAUGAGAUGUCAUCUAGCUUUCAAAUGGCGGCGUCUCAAUUUGAACACAGGGUCCCCCGACCAAGGACCUGCACUUUCCAUCCCUGUGAGGCAUUGUCGCCUGUCUGUCCCUAGGCUGGCUGUGCUAAAGCUCUUCCCGCCUCUCUGUCCUCUUCUUUCUGAGAAUUCAGAACAAGCAGUGAGUUUCCCAUCUUCAAUGCUAGCCUGCCCGUAGGAAUCCUCUGGUCUCUGUGUGAAUCAUUUAUUGAGGUAUGAGAUACAUACAGUAAAGUGCGCAAGUCUUAAGUGCUUGGCCUGACAGACUGAAUACACAACAGACAAAGGCUGGACCAUAUCUAAAAAUAGAAUUCUGACCACCAACUUGCAGCAACCAGCCCAGAAAACCAACCUUUUAUCUAAAAUAAUCAGCCCAGGAAGCCAGCCUGCUUGAUGUCAGAUUCUCAGGAAACCACAUUGUUAUCGGAAGCUACAUAAUUACUUCUGUAACAUUCAGCCCCAAAUGGCCAGGACUUGAUUAAUAACUGACAGCUCCCCUGCUUUUUGUCCCCGAUUCCAAUUUAGGUCCAACAAAAGAAAACCAAGCAGGUACCCCUACACCAAUCACGUAGGAUGCUCUGCUUCUAUUUCGUCCACCUACAGCUUCCCUAGGCCAACAGCCUCCAAUCAGGGCACACCCCCUUUUUCCACCAUAAAGCUUUCCCACUCCUCUGCCUGCCUUUGAGUCUCUGCCAAAACACAAGUGAUAGAGGCUGACUCUUUUGUGAGAGCCUGAAUAAAUACCCUUUGCUUUUCUAGCUGGCUGGUCUUUGUUUAUUUCCACAGGCUCAAUAUGUGGAAGUCUAUGCAAUCACCACCCAGAUCAAGACAUGGAACAUUUCCAUCCCCCUAAAAAGCUUCCUUAUCUCUUCCCAGAUAAUACCCAACUGACAAAACUCCACUCACUACCUAGAGACAGUACUACUCUGACUUUAAACAUAGUAGAUUAAUUUUGCCUCUUCCUGAACGAGAUGAUACAAUACGAGGUCGUACAGUAUGUACUCUUUCUUAUACGUGGAAUCACAAAGUGUGUCUAUUGUGUCUGGCUUAUUUUGCCCAAUAUUUUGUCUAUGAGAUUCAUCCAUAUUUUGAAUACUGUAUAGCAGUAACCUUGUCUUUUUUCUUCCUGAGUAACCUUUUAUGUGAACAUACCACAACUUUAUUUAUUCAUUCUACUGUUGGUGGGUUUGGGUGGUUCUUCAUUUCUUGGAUAUUACGAAUAAAAUUGCAAUAAACAUUCCUGAGUAUGUUUUUCACUGUAAUCAGCACUCAUUUCUCUGAGAUAUUACUUAGAAGUUGAAUACUGAGUCAUAAAGUGUGUGUUUGGCUUUAACAGAUACUUCCAAAUAGUUUUUCAAGAUAAUUGUAUUAAUUCGCGAACAUGAGAAUUCCCAUUGCUCCACACCCUUACUAAAAUGUGGCAUCGUCAGUCUUUAGCAUUUGCCAUUCUGGAAGCUGUGUAUUUUUAUCUCAUUGUGGUUUUCAUUUUCAUUUCCCUGAUGUGUAAUGUACAUCAUUCGGUUUUGGUAUUUUAAACGCUGUCCUGUUACCUAAAUGGCUAUUUCUGCUUCGAGAGGAAAUGGCUAUUUACAGUAACACAGAUCUGUGGGCAUGGAUUGCAUAUAGAAUUGAUCUAAUAUUUAAAUACUGUUGAUCAAGCCAAAGUUGGGAAAUAAGCCACCAAGUCACCUAGUCUGUUUUAUUUCCUGAAAUUCAUUUCCACUUCUAAAGCUAUCUAAGUGCAGUUAGUGAUCUAGAAUAUUCUUCCUUAUUUCCUAGCCUCACAUGAGUUACAAAUCUUGCCUUGAGUGUUUAUCCCUAGUCCUAGAGGGUAUUUAAGUCCCCUCUGGUGCUACGGGCUGCAUCUAAGCUCCAGGAACAAAGCCCCAGAGGCGUGCCUCGACAAAUGAAGCUUAGUUUUGCCUCACUGCCUAAGAUUGUGGAACUUGUGGGUACCACUUUACCUAAAGAGAGAUUGACAUGAUGGUGACAACACUAACCAGGAAGUUUUCUGGCUGCAAAAUGCAGGGUUGGCCUCAGUUAUCUUUAAAGUCCUUCCAACUGAAGUCCCGGAGUCCUCCCCAGUGUCAGCAGCGCUGGGCCUCAGGUUCUGUGCAUUAUGGCUCACCUUUCAUUUUGCAGAUUGAGGGAAAGAUAUUCCAACUCUUAUUUAUUUAUUUAUUUGUUUGUUUGUUUGUUGGGUCUUCGUUUCUGUGCGAGGGCUUUCUCUAGUUGCAGCGAGCGGGGGCCACUCUUCAUCGCGGUGCGCGGGCCUCUCACCGUCGCGGCCUCUCUUGUUGCGGAGCACAAGCUCCAGACACGCAGGCUCAGUAGUUGUGGCUCAUGGGCCUAGUUGCUCCGCGGCAUGUGGGAUCCUCCCAGACCAGGGCUCGAGCCCGUGUCCUCUGCGUUAGCAGGCAGACUCUCAGCCACUGCACCACCAGGGAAGCCCUGUUCCAACUCCUGUUGGAAAGUUCCCCAUCUUAUUCUCUUUUGUAUCUGCAGCUCUAGCACAGUGUGCCUGGCAUAUAACUGGUAAAAUAUUUGUUAAAUUGAUGAAUGAGAAACCGGCGGGCAAUUUUCCGGGGGUGACAAAGUCCAGUUCUCUACCAGGAAGUAAUAUGAUGAUGGCUUUAUGGUAUGGUGACAAUUACCCAUAGAAAACACCCAUCCAUGGAUUUGGAUAAAGCAAGAGAUGAUCAGAUGAGGUCAGGGCUUCAUGGCUAACAGAGAGGGUGUGUGGCCCAUUUUCUUUCCAUCGUCCCCUCAAGGGAAUGGCUCAGGGAAGGCUCUGGAAGAAUCCUUGUGUAGGUUGAGGUAAAGGGAGAUUUCUGAAGAGCCUUUGUCAUACAGUCCCAGUACUUCCUUUGAACUGGAAUUAGAAUCCUCAAAUCCAAUUCUCAGCACAGCAUCCACAGUUUUAACUGCGGGAGAGGUGGGGAGGGGCAAGGCUGGCUGAAAGAUCUGCUCUGCAGGAAGCUGCAAAAGCAGCGCUUUGUGCUCGCCCAGCUACUGCUCACAAGGCAGAGCUGCCCAGCCCUGCGGGGGAAGCCGACAGCCCCACUUUCACCGGCAGCUAAUGACACCCCCAGGCUCCACCAAUCCUCCCAGCAGCAGAGACCUGGGUAAUUCUAACGCUCAGGUGUAAAUCUUGGAAGAUUAAUUGUGUCUUCGUCCCUGGUCUCUCUCUGCACAUUUAGUACUUAACGGAGCCUCAGGUAAUGAUGCUAUAGGGCUGGGUGGGACUGCAGAGGAGCUCCCGGAGGCCAGGGCAGUUUUCUCUGUGACAAGCACUUGCUUUUGCAGCUUGGUGUUAAGGCUGUAGCUAGUCUGGAUAUGGCUAGGGCUUGCUCAGGGCAUAAAGCAUAGCUGAUGUCCUUGUUGGAGUCCCAGCUGCCUGUGUGUGCAGCACUGCUAAUGUCACAGCCCCCAACACCCCAAAGUUCCUGAACACCAAAUACGGCAGUGUCAGCAGGGAGGGAACACACCAGAGGGCGCAAGGGCUGUGCUGCCUUCUCAAUGCUUUCCUCAAGAUGCAAAUUGUCUGGGAGAGGCGUGUACAAGCACAGUUAUUGCAGCCUUGUUUGUAAAGGCAAAAUUGCAAGUAACCAUAAUAUCUGUCAAUAGGAGAAUGGCUAAAUAACUGAGUCACAAGUUUAGAAUAGGAGGCAACAAUGAAGAAGAAUGAGGUAGAUCCAGAUGUAAUGACAUGGAAAUAUCUCCCAAACAUAUUCAGUUUAAAAAAGUAGAAACUUGGGCUUCCCUGGUGGCGCAGUGGUUGAGAGUCCGCCUGCCGAUGCAGGGGACACGGGUUCGUGCCCCAGUCCGGGAAGAUCCCACAUGCCGCGGAGCGGCUGGGCCCUUGAGCCAUGGCCGCUGAGCCUGCGCGUCCAGAGCCUGUGCUCCGCAACGGGAGAGGCCACAACAGUGAGAGGCCCGCGUACCGCAAAAAAAAAAAAAAAAAAAAAAAAAAAAAAAAAAAGACUCAUCACAGCAUUAUCUGUAAGAGCAAAACCCUAGAACCUUUGUAAAUAUUCGUAAAUUUAUGUUCGCCAAUGAACCCGUUGUAGUAAAAUGGAUACGUGAGGCUGAAUUUGAAGUGGUACCAGUGAGGCUCAGUGACUUCUGUAGUUUGAUAGGGAAGAGGCAAUGAUGACCCUGUGUCUUUAACCUGGACAAUAAUGUGGAUGGUUAAGUACGGAUGGUUAAGACAUUAACUGAGAUAGAGGCCUAAUAACAUAAGGUGUUUGUGGAUUAUCUGAGUAGAGUUAUCGAGCAAAUAUGACUAGUUCUAGUGCUUGUGUGGAGAAUGUGAAAUCAAUUGGAGGAAGUGGAGGGUUGAGGGUGGGGCUUGUUGUCAAGGAGAAGAGAACCAAGAAGCAGCAAGGAUUUAAAACAAGGUGAAAUAGUGAAUAUAAAGACUUCUGAAGUAUUUAUCAAUCUGUAAGAUGGGAAUAAGUGUAGUAAUAUACAUCUACUAAGGUAGGCAUUAAUGUCUGGGCUAGGUGCCUUAUGUAAAUAAUCUCAUUUAAUCCUCAUCACAUCCUUCAAGGUAGGUAAUUUCUAUCCCCAUCCUACAGAUGAAGAAAUGGAGGCUCAGAAAGGUCGAGUGGCUUUCCUGAGGCCACCACACUGGGAAGUUAAAGCCUCUCAUAGAACCUCAAACGUAAGCACUCUGGAAGAUGUUUUUCCUUGUGCUCUGUUGACUUGUUUGGGGAUAAGAGUACCUACCUAUCUGCCCCAGAGGUUGCCUAGACUUCCCCUGGAGAAUUCUGGGGGCCCAGAAAUCUGUCUUUUAAAAUGACACCCUGAUGAUCCUGAGGCGGGUAGUUUUAUGCAUUUUGAGAAUAAUAGACCAUGGCAGCCCUAAGUAAAUGUAAUGGUGAUUACUGUUAUUGAUUGCUAUGAGACUUUUUUUGGAAGGGACAGGUCAGUUUUCAUCUAAAAACCUGAAGGAACAUUUUCCGUGUGUGUGUGUGUGCGUGCGCGCGUGUGUGGUGUUUCCUGCAAUCGUGCAUGUGUGUGGAUUCAGGUCGCUUCCUCAGCCCUGUUCUGGCUUGGCCAGCCCGCUGGACGGUUUCCUCACCCAUGCAGCUGAAUUGCUUUCCUAAGAACCAUGUCAGCUACAGAACUGCCUCCUCAUCUCCUAGGCAUCAAGAGUAAAGGGCUUGGUGUAUGUGGCUGGAUCCUGUUUUCGUUUUCUUUCCUGUCGAUGGUCAUUACCUUCCCUAUCUCCAUAUGGAUGUGCUUGAAGAUUAUUAAGGAGUACGAACGCGCUGUUGUAUUCCGACUGGGACGCAUCCAAGCUGACAAAGCCAAAGGGCCAGGUUUGAUCCUGGUCCUGCCUUGCACAGACGUGUUUGUCAAAGUUGAUCUCCGGACUGGUACGUGCAACAUCCCUCCACGGGAGAUCCUCACCAGAGACUCUGUGACCACUCAAGUGGAUGGAGUGGUCUAUUACAGAAUCUAUAGUGCCGUCUCGGCAGUGGCUAAUGUCAACGAUGUCCAGCAAGCCACAUUUCUGCUGGCUCAGACCACUCUGAGAAAUGUCUUAGGGACACAGACCUUGUCCCAGAUCUUAGCUGGCCGAGAAGAGAUGGCCCAUAGCAUUCAGAUUUUACUUGAUGACGCCACCAAGCUGCGGGGGACCCAGGUGGCCCAAGUGGAAAUCAAAGAUGGCCGGAUUCCCGGGCAGUUGCAGAGGUCCAUGGCUGCUGAGGCCAAGGCCACCCAGGAGGCCAGGGCCAGGGUCCUUGCAGCAGAAGGAGAAAUGAAUGCUUCUAAAGCCCUGAAGUCAGCCUCCAUGGUGCUGGCUGAGUCCCCCAUCGCCCUCCAGCUGCGUUACCUGCAGACCUUAACCACUGUCACCACAGACAAGAAUUCCACCAUGUUUCCUCUGCCCAUGAAUGUACUAGAGGGCAUUGGUGGCAUCAGCUACAGUAACCAUAAGAAGGUCCCUAACAGAACCUGAGACCCUCCUGCUGCAGCCAGCCAUUGCUUAGGGAGGCAUAUCUGUUCCUAUGGAGACCAGCAGUUAGAAGUGUUGAGAAUUUCAACUCUAUUUAGGCCCAGUAACUCUACAGCUGGAACAGCAUUAGCAGGGAGAUGCUAUAGAGGCUAUAAAAAAAGAAAAAGAAAAAAAAAAGGACCAUAUACUACUUUUAUUUUUAAGAACAUAAAAGUACUUUGCAUUAUUCUUAUGAGAAUCAGUGAGUAGGUGUCCCUGACUUAGAGCAGGAACUUUCUUGUAGUAGCUGGGGGAAAUUACUUUUUUAAAAAUUUAUUUAUUUAUUUAAUUUAUUUAUUUUUGGCCGCACUGGGUCUUCGUUGCUGCGCGCGGGCUUUCUCUAGUUGCGGCGAGCCGGGCUACUCUUCAUUGUGGUGCGCAGGCUUCUCAUUGUGGUGGCUUCUCUUGUUGCGGAGCACGGGCUCUAGGUGCAUGGGCUUCAGUAGUUGUGGCACGGGGGCUCAGUAGUUGCAUCUCGCGGGCUCUAGAGCGCAGGCUCCGUAGUUGUGGUGCACGGGCUUCGUUGCUCCAUGGCAUGUGGGAUCUUCCCAGACCAGGGCUUGAACCCGUGUCCCCUGCAUUGGCAGGCGAAUUCUUAACCACCGCACCACCAAGAAAGCCCCAGAAUUACUUUUUAAUGGGUUUAAGAAGCACUCUAGAUAAUCUGCAAAGUAACACAUAUUUCCACUAGCUAUUUGCUGUAUAAUUCCAAAGUGAUUAUUGGCUAAAUUUCAAUACUUAGCUAUUUGCUUCCUAAUUCCAAAGUUGGCUAAAUUUAUUAUUGGCUAAAUUUCCAAUCGUUACAGCAAAACCCCACAAUGCUUAAAAUUGUGAUUGAUUUUGAUGUUAAACACACUAUCAUGUGUAAAAUAGAUAGCUAGUGGGAACCUGCGGUAUAGCAUGGGGGGCUCAGCUCGGUGCUCUGUG